UUUUAUAUGCCAAAAUCUGGGAAAAUUAUCUAUAAACUUCUUUGGCCUGUUGCCAUAGCAACGAGAGGUUCUGGGCAGAAAGAGAGCUAUUUUCAGGGGUUGUGUACCAAGUACUAUCACUGCAAAAUGAGCCAAAUCGAUUUUUUGACCCCUGCCACCAUUGUUUGACCGUAACGUUGCAGGCAUUCGCUCUUAACCUUUCAUACCAGUGCGUGACUUACCUGCAAACGGAUAACUUUCCUAGCUAAACCGGACAACUAUCGCCAUGAGUUACCUGAAGUCCGGCUGUGAUGAGCCCCUUGUGGACGUGACGCUGGGACAGCUGCUGGACGACGCCACGGCAAGAUGGCCCGACAAGGAGGCUUACGUCUUCCGCAAGCAAGGAGUGAGAAUGGCGUUUGCUGAUGUCAAACAGGAGGCGGACCGGCUGGCUGCCGGACUGAUGUCUAUCGGAGUAGGCCGUGGUGACGUGGUGGCAUGGGUCAUCAGCGGCCGGCCGGAGUGGGGCCCUUUGGCUUUUGCCAUAGCAAAGAUUGGAGCCGUUUCUCUCCCUCUUAUUCCCCUCUACUUCUGGUCGUCAUACGAUGACACCGUUAGCAAAGUGAUGGCCAAGGUUAAGGUCAAAGUCUUCUUGAUGGAAAAUUUCCCCGCAACUGAAGACUGUGAAGGAACGCUGCCGUUCCUUAGAAGGGUCUUUCCGGAGACGACGUCAAACAAGACUAAGAGCUUAACCAUUGACACAAUGCCAAGCUUAAGAUCUAUUGUAAUCAUCGGCGACAAGAAUCACGAAGACGCCUUCUACAAUCUUGAAGACAUACAAAGCCUGGGAACCGAUGCCUCCGCCUGGGGACGUGUACAGGACGCUCAGAGCCACGCGGACUGCCACGAUGCGGUUUUGUUGGCGCUUACUUCGGGAAGUGCUGGUCUUCCGAAAUGUGUUGAACAUAGCAGCCUCACCAUUGUCAACAGCACACGCCUUCACAUGAAGGCCACUGGCAUGGAUAAAAAGAGCACCGUGCUGUUACCCACAGAUCUGACUGAGAUGCCAAUAGCCUUCCAGCUUCCCUUCACCGCGGGCUGUACCCUUGUCCUUCCAAGCGAAGAAUCACCUACAGUCUCAGAAAUCCUUACCGCUAUAGGGGAGGAAAGGUGCGAGACCACCACCUUAAUGUACGUGAAGACGUUUCAUGAGUUCCUGCACGAUCCAGCUUUGAAUGAGUACGACUUGUCAUUCCUGGAGCAAGUCUCAGUAGGGGGAAAUGCUGUGACCACGCCUCUGAUACGGCGCGCUGCUGAAGUUCUCCCUAGUGUGGAGAUAUCAAAAAUGUACGGAUCAACCGAAACCUUGACCAUAACGGUCACAAGUCGUGAAAUGACAAAAGAGCAGGUAGAGUCAACAGUGGGAAGUCUACUGCCACAUAUGGAGAUGAAAGUUGUAGACAGACACGGCCAGAUCGUCCCCUUGCAGCAUGAGGGAGAAGUGUGGGUUCGAGGCUACUCUAUGUUCAAAUGUUACCGAGGGGAUGAAGAGAAAACUGCAGAGGUGAAGACGGCUGACGGGUGGUACAAAACUGGAGACAUUGGAAUUCUUGAUGAUAAUGGGUUGCUGAAGAUCACAGGCAGGAAGGAAGAAUUCAUCAUAAAAGACUCGACAAACGUUCAUCCCACGAUGGUCGAGCAAGUUUUUCUCACGCAUCCCAAAGUCUUCGAUGUGAAGGUUGUUGGUGUGCCUGACCCUGCCCUUGUGGAAGAGAUCUGUGCCUGUAUCAUAUUGAAAAAGGGCCAGACUUCCCAUCCACAGGAGAUGAAGGAGUUCUCAGAAAAGCACGGGUUGAUUGAUGAUUAUUGCCCUGAAUACGUCAUCUUCGUGGAUAGUUUCCCUGUGACGUCAACUGGACGAAAGUUCGACCGGAAGAAGCUGAGAGAUGUCGCCAUAGAAAAGUUGGCUCUGCAGGAAGCCGCCGAGUAAAAGGAGCUGACGUCACAGCUCUGGAUUCCAGCGAUCGAAAGGGCUGAGAAAAUUUCAUAGUUUUGUUAAUUUUCAUGUAGUUCAGGGCUGCUAUUCGACCAAAAUCUGUUUGGUCAAUCACUUCUUAUCAAGACAACAUGCCAAAGAAAUGAUUAAUUUAAAUGAAUAACAGGUCCAUUUCCAAAACGUUGAGGCCUAUAAGCUGUAUUGUGUAGUUCACAAAAAAAGAAAUUAUAAUUAUCGUUUCCUUAGAUAACAACUGUAAGACAGCUGAUAUUAAAACAUCACAAUAGAAUGUCCUAUCAUAUAUACAUAUCAUCAUCAAAGGACUGAAAUGUGUUCAGAAAUGAUUUAAAGCUUAAAUAAUUGUAAAGACAUGUCUUAAAGAUAAUAUUAUGAUAGACGGGACUAUUGGGCAUAUAUACGUAAACCUGGUUCCCGGAUGUUUAUCUAGUUCAUAGACAGACGUCGGAAUGUUGAAUCAUU